AUGACUGCUGCCAAGAAAUUGUCCUACAGCUUGGAGCCAGAAGUACUACGCAAGUAUUGGAGCAGGAUCUUGCUUGACAGCACAAGGAUUCUGGAGUUGCCGGCAUUUAUUCACAUGCACGGCGACAUUGUCGCUCAAUUAAUCAAACUCGAUGAGUUCGAAGCGAAUGAAGACCGACUGUGGGAACGCUUGGUGGAAUGGUCCCGGAAAGCUGUGCGCGAUGCAGAGAUACUUGGGCCGUUUGCCGAUGCCACCGGCGAGACAGUGAAGCGUAGCAAGUCUGAGGAUGAUAGCAGUGGCUUAGGCGCUCAUGAGCUUGCGCAGCAAGAAGCGAUUCUGAGCGCAAUGUCGAAGGACAUUCGCUUCGGGGCAAUGAACAAAGAGUUCUUCUUUCAUAAGGCUAGAGCAUUUUUGAGUCGUGAAAAGAGCGAUGAAAUCAUGGAGUAUUUCUUGUUGGGCAACAAACCUGAGCAGCUUCAAGUCGCCAAACGAGCUGGUCUUGUGCCCAAGCACAACUUGACAGUCGAAACCAUUCAUGAGAUAACCUGCGCGACUGAUGAUCCCACAAGUCCUAGGGAAAAUAGUCAAUUGGCAGCGUUGGCAAGAGGCGACACUGGGCUUUGGUGUCCUACCUGGUCAGCUGUCAGACAGCUGGAUGUGCUGGAUGUCCUCAUGGGCCGGGAAGUAUGCAUUGGAGAAAUUGUUCUCACGUGGGAGGAAAGUCGAGCCAUUCCGCGCUUGAUAAUACUUGAGACUUACGCAGACGGGAAGUGGCAUUCGAUGGAUUGCGAAAUCAGCGUAUCAUCAGAUAAUGGCUGUAGGACAACCACACAUACGCCUGCUGUGCUGUCUCUUGCGACUUGCAUGAAGUUUCGUUUAAUAUUCCUCCCCUGCAGAGUGGAAGUUGCAAGUGUGAGACAGAUUGCCGUUCUGUGCAAGCAGACCAUUCAGCAAUGUGCAAACCAAGUGGCGGAGAAUAUGCUCAGAGCUGAUUUGUCGCAGCUUUUUGUGAGAUCCUUAGCAGACGCGACGCCUGGAGCAGGAGGCACUUUGGGGAGAUGCCUGCAGCGGAGACGAUUGCAGCACGGAGAACUGAGUGACCGCGUGACCGGUGCCAUGACUGCGUGUGUUUGCGUGGAAGGAGAUUCGAUCGCCGAGCUUCAAGACCACAUGAACACGACAGGACACUCGGAACAUCGGAAUCCAGAGCAAAUGGCUCGGACCACGGAGCCAUUGGGAGUCCCAUACAAAGACGCAUUGAAAGCAGACAAACUGGGCAGAGAAGCGGAUUUCCUAGCGGUGGCCGAAGGGGAAGUGGAACAUGCUGAUGUCAUGGCAGCGUUUCUGCAAUGGGAUCAGAACGGCGAUGGGGUGAUCGAUAAAGAUGAGCUGCUGUCGGUCUUCACUGAUCUGGGCCUUCAGAUCGGCGAGAAGGAGCUGAAAUCCAUGUUCGCUUCAGCUGAUAUCAGUCAUGAUAAGACGAUCGACUACUCGGAGUUUCUGCAGUGGAUCUUCAAGUCAGCUCACUGGCAGAUCCGGAACCAAUUCCUCCAGACGGGCGUCUCAUGGCACGGGAUCCACAAGGGUCGCAACGCCGUGAUCCAGGAGGAUCGCCUCACGGUGAAGCGGCAACGCAGCAGCCAGGAACGCGCGGAGUUCCCGCAUGGACAUGCCAUUGUGGUGUCCACGGGAUGCGCUCGGGAGUUCAGGUUCCUGUUGGUGGACAAUGAUGGGGUCUACAAAGGGGGCUUUGAGGCUGGCUUCAGCAGCAUGCCACCAGAUGAGCUACCUGACCCGCUACCAGAGUGUGCUAAAGAGCUCUCCUGCGCAUAUGUGUCGAGCCCGACGGGACAUUUGGUGGUGCUGGGCGAAGAGUCGGAAGUUCCUCCGUGGAAGCAUCACUUGGUAGCGAGUGGGACCGUGGUGGAGUUGAAAUGCAAGGAGGGAAGCUUUCAAGUGCUCCUGGAUGGGAAGAUCGUAGCCAACUGGCCCUUAGCGGUGCCCGAUGAGAUGGACUUGUAUCCGCUCGUGUCCGUCUAUGGCACCACCUGCGCGAUCAAAUUGCUGCCAGCGGAGGGCACACCCUCCACUGGCUCCAAGGCAGAGGCACGCACGGUUCAAGUGGACGGAGGUUUCCAGUAUUUUUUUUAUCAGAACACCUUUGAGGAGGAAUCCAAGUCCAUGGGAUGGGGCAUGUUCUUUGCAUACUUCGCUUGUGGAGCGGGUACUGUCUCCUUUCUCUACUACUUCUACAAGGCAAAAUAUAGCUUUCAUCAGACCGAGAUUCUCAUCGUGGAUGCUUUCCGGUUUGUUGUGACCGAUUUAGAAGAGCCCAAAGGUGUCUCUCGUGACGAUGUGCGCCGUCCUUCGACGGCUCGUUCGCCAGCAGCAUGGGCGAUUGGGCUCUUUUCGUGGCGAAAGACACCCUCCACCCAAGAAGUGCCACAGCUUGUACUGGAGCUCAUCAGCGAGCUUGGUUACAGCGAGAAGGCAGACUUCCUCUACCGAGGUGAGGGCCAUAUCGAGGACUGGGGAGCGCUCCUGGAGUCGCUGACGCUUCUUUGUGCUUUGCGCGCAGAUGCGGAGACGAAGUUGGCCAAACCACAGGAGCCCAAAGAGGGCGAAGAUCCAAUGCCCCAGCCCAAGUCUGAUGCUGAAGCACUGGAGAUUCUCAAGAGAAAAUUCAGGCGCGCGGCCUCAGUGCUCAACAGUCAGGGUGCCGAACAGCUGCGGGCUUGGCAAGCGACGGCAGGCCGACGGGUCGGUGGCGCAGAGGGAGGGAAUGGUCUGCCCGCGGAGGGCAGAAAGGUGAAAGAAUGGCUACUGGAGGCCGGUCUUCAGAUCGACCUGGAUGGCCUUGGUGCCAAGGUCAUUGGCCGGUCGCCCUUCCUGGUGGUCAGUGCCGAGCGUUCUGCCUUGGAGCUGGAGGCCGAACGCUUGGGAUAUAUCAAGCCGCACCGGGCACUGCGACCGCAUGUGAAAGAUCAAGACUAUGGAAAGAUCGAAUUUGAGGGACAACCUGACGAAUGGGUGAAAGGCUACAUCGGCUACGAGGAGCAUGACUUCUGGUUGCCCUGUGAGCGAGUGCAGCUGCUUCGGCAUCGGAUUGAAGAGGUGCCAGCGCCCAAGGAGCAGAUGAAGCAGUUGAAGGUGCGGCACAGCACGGCGUUGGCCGUCUCCGAUCGACUUCUGCCUGCUUUGAAGAUUGCUGGUUUGGUGGAUUGCAUGGUGCCAAUGGAUGACGACAUCAAUGAUGACCUCGGGAAAGAGCGCCGAUCCAUGUGGAAGGAGGCGAUUUGGAUGGCGCUGACCCCGGUGGACCGGAUCCAACGGUAUUUCGGCUCGGAGGUCGCACUCUACUUUGCUUGGCUUAAUCAUUUUACCCUUUGGCUGGUCGCUCCAGCCGCGGUGGGGUUACUCUUCUACCUCCGUAUGCAUUUCUUUGGCUUCACCGUGGAUGAUGACCCCUUUUUGCCCUUCUAUUCGCUUUUUGUGGUCUUCUGGGGCAUGUGCUUUUUGCGAAGCUGGGACCGGCACUGUGCCGUCCAAGCCUGGCACUGGAACGUACACGGGGUGGAGAACAGACCCGAACACCGCGCGGAGUUCGUCGGGGAGCUGCGCACCAGCCGAGUCACUGGGCAGCUUCACAGGUACUACCCGGAGGGGAAACGCUUCCUGGCCUACGCUCUUUCCGUCUUGGUGACCUCCUUGAUGCUGGCGAUUUCCUUUUGUGUGAUGAUUUGCUCCUUGAACUUGCAGGGCUUCAUGGAAGAGUCCGUAACCUCUUUGGAGCAGAUCUUCUACAUUGCACCGUUGGCACGCUUGGCUGACCAUGGGGCUAUCUUCGACCCAAACCAGAAAGAGUACUUCGGCCUCCUGGCCUUUGGCCCCAUCGUUCUCCAUGUCUUUGCGAUCAUGAACCUGAACAAGCUCUACCGUUCGGUGGCCGAGUGGCUCACGGAACAAGAGAACCACGAGUUGUUGGAACAUCAUCAAAGCAGCUUGAUGGCGAAGAGGUUCAUGUUCGAAGCCUUUGAUUGCUACAUUGUGCUCUUCUACGUGGGCUUUGUGCAACAGGACAUUCGAAAGCUACGACAAGAGCUGCUGUGUUUGUAUGGCGUGGACAGCUUGCGGCGAGUCUUUGUGGAGAGUAUCCUUCCUCUCGUCUUGGAGCUCAUCAGCAAGCGGCAGCUCUCCCGAAAGGCUGCGGAGCUCAAGAGGCCUGAGCGAGACAUGAGUCGGGUGUCAGUGUAUGAUCUGGGUGUCACCUUUUUUUGA